CUGGGUAUUUAAUGUUUGGUAACAUUUGUUACUAAUGAACAAGAGGAAGUUAAUACAAACAACUCACUGCUCAGCAGAAAUAUGUAACUGAGCAUAAACCCUUCAUUUCUUUUUGGAGCGAUACAGCCCCUCCCCUAUCCAUUUGUCAGUGCCACCCUAUAAAAAGAGCCACCUGAUACCUGAGGUACCACCUGAGUUCAUAGGAUUCAUCCAAGUCCUGUACCAGGAAGAACAGACCCGAUCAAGAGUAGCAAUGAUCAGCUGGCUGUCAGUGCUGCUGCAGAGCUGGAUGUUGAUGGUGAUGGUGAUAAUUCUGGGACUCGGAGGAUCAUUCCAGUAUGGGUUUCAGAUUUCUGUCAUCAACGCCCCUUCAGAUCACAUCCAGCGCUUUAUAAACGAGACAUGGCUGAAGCGCUAUGGCACUCCAAUGGCUGAGUCAACUGUCAAACUGAUCUGGUCCAUCAUUGUGUCCAUCUUCAGUAUUGGGGCAGUAGUAGGCUCAAUCAGCAGUGGGCAGCUCUCAGUCAAGUAUGGCAGAAAGAAUUGUUUGCUGCUCAACAACGUUGUAGCUCUGGGUGCUGCAACCUUGGCUGGAUUAAGCAAGAUGGCCGGGUCGUUUGAGAUGAUCAUACUGGGGAGGUUUCUGUACGGAUGCAACGUAGGUAUUGGUCUCAAUGUACACUUGAUGUAUCUGGUUGAAAGCUCUCCAAGGGAACUGCGUGGAUUCAUGUCUCUGAGUAGCUGCGUGUUCAUUGGUCUUGGGAAAUGCUUGGGCCAGAUUUUCGGGCUCAAAGAGUUGCUGGGCGGUGAGGAGAUGUGGCCCUACCUGCUGGCGUUCAGUGGCGCCCCAGCCCUGCUGCAGCUUGUUGGCUUGUUCUUCUUCCCCGAUUCCCCGCGAUAUCUCUUCAUAGAGAAGGGGAAUGAGGAGGGCUGUGUCAGGGCGUUAACGCAGCUUUGGGGUAAAAAGGAUUUCAAGAUGGAGCUGGAGGACAUGGCCAGAGAGUGGGACAAGAUGAAGGGUCAGAAGGCCAAGACGGUUUUGGGGGUGCUUCGAAACAGGUCUGUCCGCUGGCAGAUGCUGACCCUGAUCUUCCCCUGCGCCGGAGUGCAGCUGUGCGGCAUCAGUGCAAUCUAUUUCUAUGCGUUUGAUAUAUUCAGUGCCGCUGGGAUUCCUGAUGAGCAGAUGCACUACAUGUCAAUAGGGAUCGGGCUGACAGAACUGGUUUCUAUUAUACUAUGUUCAUUUCUAAUAGAAUGCAUUGGCAGGAAGAAACUGAUGGGCUUUGGUUACGCUCUCAUGGCGAUAGUGCAGGGAAUUCUGGUUCUAAUGCUCUUCUUGAAGGAUCAUAGACACUGGAUACCAUAUUUCAAUGUAUUCCUCCUCUACAUGUUUAUCUGCAUUUAUGGAUCAGGACCUUCUGGAGCAUCGAUGGCUCUUCCUGCCGACAUGUUUACCCAGGCCUGGAGAGCCCCCGCUUAUGUCGUCAUCGGACUGGGCAACUCACUGGGACUGUUUCUCGUUGGGAUGUGCUUCCCAUUCGUUGUGGCGCUGAUGGGCCAGUUCUCCUUCCUGAUCUUCACGAUGUACUGUGUCUUAGCGGCCGCCUUCACGCUUCGGUUUGUUCCUGAAACCAAGGGAAAAACCGUGCUGGAGAUCACGGAGGACUUUAACAAACUGAACUUCAAGGGAAAGGGGAGUGAAGUGGAAGGGAUGCAGAAGAAAGACGUUGCCAUUACCACAAAGUUGUGAGAGGCUUCCAGCUAUUAUUUAGCUUUCGUUUCAGCAGCGGAGAUGAGUGCAAGAAAGCACCGGAAAUGCAGAAUCCCCUUUCAUGGUGGAGCUACCUACUAGUUGAAAGUCGGCCAGCUCCUUCUCAGAAGCAGUCAGUGUCCAUGCCACCAAUGGACCAUUGCAGCCGUUUUUUUGUGUUUUACACAAGAGACUCCUGCUAAUCUGAACAGCGGGGACCGGACCCUGCUCAGAUUAGGGGUGUGUUUGGCAUCCAGAUUGAAACGUGUACUAAAAAUCUUGUGCAGUGUUUGGUUUAUUCUUACAUUUCAGACCCUGUAACAUGAAACGUCAAUAUGUAUGUUUUUCAGUUUAAAAAAAAAGUAUUUUGUGUCUAUGUUUAGGUUUAUUUGUACACAUAAUAUUUGUUUCAAUAAACUUUCAAGUUGAA